AUGUCUCAAUACAACAACACUAACACAUUCCAUCCACAACCAACAAAUACAACAAUAACUUCAGCACCACUCACGAGAGGAAUUCGCUCCAUUUCUAAUUGUCCAGACGUGAUAGAGGCUCUUGUUCAAGUGUUGGCUCAUCUCGAUCCUGUGGUAGAACAAUAUUUAUUCAAACAACAACAUGAUGAUCAUCAGAUCAAAUCGGAUGAAAGAUCGGAACUUGGGGUAGCCUUUGAUAGGGUAUGUAGGAGUGUGUGGAGUCUUGAUCAAGGUAGUAGUGAACCUGUUGAUGGUUCAGCUUUGGGUGGGUUAUUUCCUAUGGAAAGUGGUAUCUCCCUUGAUUUUGUGGAGGCUUUGAAUAUUGUGGUCGAUGCUUGUCGUGGGAAUUUUAAUUUUUGUAAAGGAAUGACAUCUAAUUGGAUAAGAAGUGAUGAUUGUCCAAUAUGUGGUUGUAAAUCUGCAAGCGAAAGAAAGGAAGAGUUUUGUUCAAUCAAGGUGCCAAGUAAUCAGUGGAAAGAGUUUGAAAAAAGUGGAGUGUUGAAUCUGAAGGAGGUAGAAACAAUUGAAGGAUAUCAUUGUGAUGUGUGUUCAUUUAGUAAGCCUGCUGAAAUUUCUCGUUCCAUCAGUCAAGCUCCACAAAUAUUGAUUUUACAAAUGGAUCGUUUCUGUUUCGAUUAUGAAACAUUUAAUGUUGUUAAAAAGAAUGAUUUUUACAAGGUUUAUCUUAAUCAACAAUUGAAACUAUUGAUGGAAAAUAAUUCUUUGGAAUCCUAUGAAUUGGUUGCUGUAGUGAAUCAUUAUGGAUUGCAGACAUCAGGUUCUUAUGGAGGAUUCUUUUUAAAUCCAACCAAUAGAAGAUGGUACAAAGUAGCUUGCCCAAAUCAGGUUCCAACUCUUGUUGAAGACUUUAGUACAAUCAACAAUGUCUCAAAUUAUGUUUAUUUCUUUAAGAAGGCAGCUGAAAAGAAAUCAUGGCAAUCUACUGCCUUGUCCAGCCAGUCUGUAUCAGAUAUUUCAUUUUCCUUCACGAAUGAAGAAGACUGUGAAAUGUAAAUUCUUCUUGAACUGUUGUCGACCAUUAAAUGAAUUUCCAAUUUU